AUGGCCGAACACAAGAGUCUCGCGAAGGAUCUCUUCGAGGAUAUGGGCCGCAAGGUCGACGAGGCCAGUGGACAGCAGGAUGAGGACGACUCUAGGGUUGUUGACGAAAUCGAGAGCUUGUGCAUGAACUGCCACGAGAAUGGCACCACUCGCCUUCUCUUGACGAGAAUCCCUUUCUUCCGCGAAAUUGUCAUCAUGUCUUUCGAGUGCCCGCACUGCCACUUCCGAAACUCUGAGAUCCAGCCCGCUGGUGAGAUUCAGCAGCAAGGUGUCAAGUUUACGGUCCGAGUCGACUCCGCGGACGACCUGAGCAAGCAAGUCGUCAAGAGCGAUACCGCUGUUUUCAGGGUUGAGGAGAUUGAUCUGGAAAUUCCUCCUGGUCGCGGACAGCUCACCAACAUUGAAGGUAUUUUGUCCAUGGUCGCGCAGGACCUGGAGCAGAAGCAGGACGAGCGAAGAGAGAAGAUGCCUGAGGUUGCGCCCCAGAUUCAGAAGGUCAUUGAUACACUGAAGGGGAUGGCAAGCGGCGAGAAGCUGCCCUUCAAGGUCACAAUCGACGAUCCGGCCGGUAACUCCUCGAUCGAACCGCCCAAUGUGCUCGCUGCUGGCAAGUACUCUCGCCAGCAGUACAACCGCACAGCCGCACAGAACGAAGCGCUCGGUCUUGGUGAUAGCAGUGGGCAAGAGCAGGAGACACCUCUCAACGUGGAGGCGCCGGCCACCGAGAUCCGUCCCGAGUACAAGGCUCGCGAGAUGUACCCGGAGAUGCCUUCUGCGCACCAGCCCAUGGUGAACAACGUCGACGAUAUCAUCGAGAACCAGGUGUACUCAUUCCCGUCCACCUGUCCAGGAUGCACUCUGUCGUGCGCGACAAACAUGAAGAUGGUCAACAUUCCCCAUUUCAAGCAGGUGGUUCUCAUGUCCACCGUCUGCGAGCACUGUGGAUACCGAAGCAAUGAGGUCAAGACCGGAGGCGAGGUACCGGCGAAGGGUCGUCGCAUCACAAUCAGUAUUCAGAACAAGGAGGACAUGUCCCGAGACAUUCUCAAGUCUGAGUCUUGUGCCAUGUCUUGCCCCGAGCUGAACCUUAGCGUUGAGCCUGGAACACUGGGCGGUCGAUUCACCACCGUCGAGGGUCUCCUGACACAAGUCCGCGACGAUCUUCGCUCGUCCAUUUUCGACGUGGGCGAUGGAGGUGACUCGAUGGACUUGGCAUCUAAGAGCAAGUGGAACACGUUCUUCGACCAGUUGGGCUCUGCCAUCGAUGGCAAGGAGAAGUUCACAGUCAUUCUGGAGGACCCCCUUGCCAGCAGUUACAUCCAGAGCUUCACUGCGCCUGAACCAGACCCACAGAUCAAGGUGGAUGAGUACGACCGCACAGAGGAGGAGGAGGAAGAGCUCGGUCUGAAGGACAUGAAGACCGAGGGCUAUGAGGAGGAGCAUGCCGCAGAGCAGGCCGCAGAGCAGGCCGCAGAGCAGGCUGCCGCUAACGGCGCAUGA